AUGAUUGCAGAGGACGAUGAUGAAGAGAUGUACGACGACGAGUACGGCGACGAGCUCGACUAUGGCGACGAAGACGUGUCCGAUGACGGUGAAGGUGUCAGCGACGAAGACGAAGAGCUUGGCGAGAUGGGUGAGAUUGAGGGUCUUCGCGGAGAACCUGGUGUCGUCGAGGUCAUUAUGGACGAAGACGAUGACAUGGAUGAAGAUGACGAUGAGAUGAGCGAAGACGAUGAAAUGGACUCUGACGAUAUGGAGGACAUGGAAGAUCAUCUAGACGUCGUUGAGGAGAUUGUUGACGAAGAUGGCAACCCCAUUGAUGACGACGGCGCUUCGGGAUGGGAGAGCGAAGAAACAGACGAGGAAGAGGACGAUGAAGAUGACGAUGACGAAGAUGUCGAUUAUGAAGCCGAGAUCCAGGAUGCUGACGAGGCCCAUAUGCACGGCAUGGAACCUGGAGAUAUCAUUGACAAUCUUGCUCGGGCUGUCAUGGAUCCUGAGGAUUACGAAGGCGACGACAUGGAUGAUCUUGGCGAUCACUACAUUGACGACGGGCGCGAUGACGAUGACGAAGACGACGACGAGGACAUGGACGAAGACGACCUCAUCUACGAAGAAGAAUACCCCCACGACCAUCCACCUCCUAACCUACCAGCAGCUCUCGGCUGGGAUACCUUGGUUGUUGAGCCUUUUGGUGGUCACCCUCAUCACGUGCAUCGCCACCGUCAUGGACACCGAAGCCCAUUCCCGCCUGGCUUUAUGGUUGGCAGCGGCCGUGAUCCACUCGGAGAGUUCAGGAGCUAUUUCUCGCCGCGGCACAGGCCCAGCGCUGUGCCUAACAAUGUCGACGACGGUGUGAACCCUCUGUUGCGCCGCAACGGUCAAGGCCGAGAGUCGUCCCCUCGACCCCCGCCCGGUUCUGGCAUGAUUGGGCUGCGUCUGCCUCCCGAGAUUUUCGGCCCUGGUGCGCAAUUGUCGAACAGUCCUAUUGCGAUUCUUAACGACCUCGUCGCAUCCCUGCCAGUCAUGCGCGGACAGCCUGCCGUUCAUCUCUCCAUCACGCAGAACGGACGUGGAGAGGUGCGUGAGUACCACGUCGCUCCUCGCGAGCCUAGAGCAGACAGUCGCCGUGAGACGACGUAUCACGAGCCUCAACAGGCUGUUGCGUUCACCCCGGAGUCGACGUUUGAACGGUAUCAAGAAGAAGCCAGAAUGGUGUUUGGCGGUGCCCACUUCGUGGAGAAGGCUCAAAAGCUCAUCAAUCUGCUCCUCUCCAAGCUUGUUCCGCCGGCCAUGGAGCUCGAGAAGAAGCUCAAGGCUGAGGAGGAGGAGCGACGCAAGAUCCGUGAAGAGGAGCGCAAGAAGAUUGAGGAAGAGGCACGACGGCUCAAGGAAGCCAAGGAAGCCGAAGAGAAGGCGGCUCGCGAGAAGAAGGAGGCCGAAGAGCGUGAGGAACAAGAACGCGCCGCUGCCGAAGCUGCCGCUGCCGCUGCCGCCGCUGGCGAACGUGACUCAGCGUCUGCCCAGCAAGCCCAGCAAUCCGCAGGUGAUCCACAUGCUAUGGAAGGUGUUGAGACCCAAGAGCCAGCUGUGCCCUCUGCCGACGACGCGGCUGCCGAUGCCAACCGUGUUCUCACAACUAUCAGGGGUGAGGAAGUCGAUGUGACGGAGCUUGGCAUUGAUCCCGAGUACCUGGCUGCUCUCCCAGAAGAGUUCAGAGAGGAGGUCAUCGCUCAAACCGUCAGCACCAGGCGCUCUCAGGCUCGCGAAGAUCAUGCCGCCGGCGAGCAAGGCGAGGUCUUCCAAGAAUUCCUCGAUGCCCUCCCUGAGGAUCUCCGCCUCGAAAUAGUUCAACAAGAGCGACAAGAGGCCCGCCGGCGCGAGCGAGACGAACAGCGCCGCCAGGCAACGACCGCAGGACAAGACCAGAUUGCAGUGGACAUGGACCCAGCUAGUAUCUUGUUGACUUUCCCUCCAGAACUGCGUCAGCAGGUGCUCAUGGACCAAGGAGAGGACAUCAUGGACCACUUGCCUCCUGAAAUGGCUGCUCAAGCGCGCCUCCUUGCUCAACAGCAUGCCGUUCAUCCCGCCGUCACGGGCAGAAGCCCGCCUAUAGCCGCACGACGUACUGGUCCGCCGCAGCCUGACUCUGUGGAGAACAACGAGAACAAAGUUCAGCGCAGGACAGUUGUCCAGAUGCUCGACAAGCCUGGAGUCGCUACUCUUCUGCGCCUGAUGUUCAUUUCGCAGAUCGGCUCCAUCCGCAACUAUCUCUUCAGCGUCCUGGCUGAUGUUUGUGAAAACCGUCAAAACCGCCUCGAGGUCAUCAGCACCAUUCUGCUGAUUCUCCAAGAAGGCAGCACAGACAUGGAUGCUGUGGAGCGUAGCUUCAGCCAGCUCUCUCUGAAGGCCAAGAAGCCCAAGGACAAGGAUACCGACCCGAGGACGCCUCAGAAUCUUAAGCGGACUCUGACAUCGCUCAUUCCCGCGGGACAACAUCAGCCUAACUCAGAAAUUUCCCCUCUCAUGGUUGUUCACCAGUGCUUGGACCUUUUGCAGGAUCUGUCAGCGAAGAACCCGCACAUUCCUAUGCUGUUUCUCACGGAGCAUGAAACGGUUGGGUCCUCUCUCAAGCGCACGCUCAGCCGCAAAGGCAAGACCAAGGACUCUAAGUCUCACAAGUACGCUAUCAACUCUCUUCUCACUCUCCUCGACAGAGAUUUGGUCAUGGAGAGCUCAGUAGUCAUGGCAUACUUGGCCGAUUUGUUGAAUAAGAUCACUGUGCCCCUGGCAACCAUGGAGCGCAGACGCAAGGAUGCGCAAGAGAGAGCCGCCCGAGACGCGAAAAGGAAGGCCGCGGAGAACGCAGCAGAGGCUGGCGAAGCAUCCACAGAGCACCCGUCAGCUGAGACGGCCACAGAGCCUCCUGCCGGUGUCGACAGCAAAGAACCCAAGGCUGCUGGGGAGGCAGAGAGCACGAAGAGCAACGACAAGUCGGAUGCAAGCCAAAAGGGGCCGAAGCAGAUGCAAGUCCCGAUCAUUCCGCCGCACAACUUAACGCUGGUUGUCAAAAUCUUCGUGGCUCGUGAAUGCAGCUCCAAGACUUUCCAAAACACCAUCUCAGCCAUCAAGAACUUGUCUGCCAUUCCUGGAGCCAAGGCCACCUUCGGACAAGAGUUGGUCCGCCAAGCUCGUCUUCUUAGCGAGAACAUUGUCGCGGAUCUUGAUGAACUUCUUCCUCACAUUGAGAAGGCAACCUCAGGAACCGAGAUCCAAGGAGUCGCUCUUGCCAAGUUCUCUCCUGGAGCAUCUGAGCAGAACAAGCUUCUUCGUGUUCUGACUGCCCUGGACCAUCUCUUUGAUAGCAAGAAGAAGACCGGUAACGAGGAGGCUGAGGCAAGCAAGACGGAGAAGCAGGACCUCGUUACCUCCCUGUAUCACAAUUCUACUUUCUCCACCAUGUGGGAAAAGCUAAGCGCUUGUCUCAGCGCCAUCCGCCAGAGGGAGAACAUGGUCAAUGUUGCCACGAUUCUGCUGCCUCUUAUCGAGUCACUCAUGGUGGUGUGUAAGAACACCGCCAUGAACGACGAUCCUCAGGCGCAGGCUCAGUCAAGCAAGGAGAUGCUGCUCUCCAGUCCUCCCCCAGAGAACCGCAUGGCUGGUCUCUUCUUCACCUUCACAGAGGACCAUCGCCGCAUCCUCAACGAGCUCGUGCGAAACAGCCCCAAGCUCAUGUCGGGAACCUUUGCGCUCCUCGUCAAGAAUCCCAAGGUAUUGGAGUUCGACAACAAGCGGAACUACUUCAACCGCAGCGUCCACAGCCGGUCCAACAGCAACCAGCGGCCGUCAUUCCCCGCGCUCCAGCUUUCCGUCCGUCGCGAACAUGUCUUCCAUGACUCGUUCAAGUCGCUUUACUUCAAGACUGGCGAUGAGAUGAAGUACGGCAAACUCAACAUUCGCUUCCACAAUGAAGAAGGUGUUGACGCUGGAGGUGUGACUCGCGAAUGGUUCCAGGUCCUGUCCAGACAGAUGUUCGACGCCAACUACGCACUCUUCACUCCCGUCUCCUCCGACCGCACCACGUUCCACCCCAACUCUCUCAGCGGAAUCAACGAUGAGCAUCUCAUGUUCUUCAAGUUCAUUGGACGCAUCAUCGGCAAAGCUCUCUACGAGGGCCGAGUCCUCGACUGUUACUUCAGCCGUGCAGUCUACAAGCGCAUCCUAGGCAAGUCUGUAUCUGUCAAGGAUAUGGAGUCAUUUGACCCAGACUACUACAAGUCGCUCGUAUGGAUGCUUGACAAUGACAUCACCGACAUCAUCACCGAGACCUUCUCUGUUGAAGACGACGAGUUCGGCGUGACUCGCACAAUAGACUUGUGCCCCAACGGCCGAGACAUUGCCGUAACCGAGGAGAACAAGCACGACUACGUGAGACUGGUGGUGGAGCACAAGCUUCUCUCUUCGGUCCGGGAACAGAUGGAGCACUUCCUCAAGGGUUUCCACGACAUCAUUCCGGCCGACCUCAUUUCUAUCUUCAACGAGCAGGAGCUUGAACUGCUCAUCUCGGGCUUGCCUGACAUCGACGUCGAUGACUGGAAGAGCAACACGGAGUACCACAACUACACCCCAUCUUCUCAGCAAAUACAGUGGUUCUGGCGAGCGAUUCGGUCAUUUGACAAGGAAGAGCGGGCUAAGCUGUUGCAAUUCGUCACCGGCACCAGUAAGGUGCCUCUCAAUGGAUUCAAGGAAUUGGAGGGCAUGAAUGGAAUUAACCGUUUCAAUAUCCAUCGGGACUACGGCAAUAAGGAGCGCCUUCCCAGCUCUCACACAUGCUUCAACCAACUUGAUCUCCCCGAGUACGAGAGCUACGAGACGCUUCGCGCACAAGUCAUGAAGGCCAUCACGGCGGGAAGCGACUACUUCGGCUUUGCAUAA